AUGGAUACUCAGCAGGACCCACCGCCAGAGAAGUCCAGGGAGGCCCUUGAGCCUGAGCAGAAGGCCAGCGAUGAAGCCCCAGACCAGCCAGUCUUAGAUGAGCAACCAAAGAAGCCCCUGGGGAAGAAGCAAGGCAAGCCAGUCCCUCACCGUGGCUUCAAGAAGUACUCCCCACGUGGCCACCAUGGGCUGCUUGGCCAUGCCGGCCGGUGCCACGAUUGCGGCAAGGGCUUUGGUUUUGGCAAGCGCUCGCGGCUGCACGCCGGCGCCGGCGCGGAGAAGCCCUACAAGUGCGCCGAAUGCGGCAAGUGCUUCCGGCUCAACUCCACCCUGGUGACCCACCAGCGGCGCCACACCAGCACCAAGCCCUACCGCUGCGCCGAGUGCGGCAAGAGCUUCAGCGUCGGCUCCGCCUUCAUCCAGCACCAGCGCACCCAUGUGGGCAAGAAGGGCGGCACCGGCCCGGCCCGGCCCUGCGAGUGCAACGUGUGUGGCAAGACCUUUGGCCUCCCUGCCCAUCUCAUCAAGCACCAAAAGCAACACCUGGAAGAGAAACCCUACAAGUGCGGCGAGUGCGGCAAGGGCUUCAACUGGAACUCUCACUUGGAGCGCCACCGGCGCAUCCACACCGGUGAGAAGCCGUACGUCUGCGAGGACUGCGGCCGGGCUUUUGCCUGGAGCUCUCACCUGGACCGCCACCGGCGCACGCACUUCGGCAGCAUCCCGGCGGCCGGCCCUUGCAAGUGCUGCAUGGCGGAGGCGGCCGGGCCGGCUAGCAAGGCCAGCACCAAGCCCUACCGGUGCGACGACUGCGGCAAAGGGUUCAACAAGAACGCAGCGCUGUCCAAGCACCGGCGCGCUCAUCACGCCGCCGAGAAACCCUACGUUUGCAAAGACUGCGGCAAGGGCUUUGGGCUGAACGGCGCCUUGCUGCAGCACCGGCGCACACGCCAUCCGGAUGACGCCGCCAAGCCGCACGCCUGCAAGGACUGCGGCAAGAGCUUUGCCUGGAGCUCCCACCUGGACCGGCACCAGCGCAUCCACGCCGGGGAGAAGCCCUACCACUGCGCCGACUGUGGCAAGGGCUUCUCUCAGAGCUCCCACCUGGAGCGGCACCAGCGCACCCAGACGGGCGAGAAGCCCUACUCCUGCGUGGACUGCGGCAAGUGCUUCGCCCAGAGCUCGGCGCUGGCCAAGCACCGGCGCAUGCACACCGGUGAGAAGCCCUACAAGUGCGAGGCCUGCGGCAAGAGUUUCAGCGUGCGCUCCAACCUGCUGAAGCACCAGCGCACCCACCUGGGCGAGAAGCCCUACAAGUGCGGCGACUGCGGCAAGGGCUUCAUCCAGAAGUCGGACCUGACCAAGCACCAGCGCAUGCACACCGGCGAGAAGCCCUACCGCUGCGAGGCCUGCGGCAAGUGCUUCAGCGUCAGCUCCAACCUCAUCAAGCACCAGCGCAUCCACCUGGGCGAGAAGCCCUACGCCUGCGGGGAGUGCGGCAAGGCCUUCAUCCAGCGCUCGGAGCUCACCAUCCACCAGCGCACCCACACCGGCGAGAAGCCGUACAAGUGCGCCGUCUGCGGCAAGUGCUUCAGCCGCAGCUCCCACCUCAACCGCCACCAGCGCACUCACGGCAACGACAAGGCCUCGGCCGGCCCUGGGGCAGCCCCCGCCAAGCCCGCCCCUCCCCUGCCCGCCUCGGCCUUCUCGGCCUCCUUUGCAUCGCCUGGCCCCCUCCCUAUGCUGCCCUCCUUCCCUUCUUCCUCCUCGCCCCUCCCCAUCCCUUCUUUGGACCUGCCCUGGGCCCUCUCUUUCCCAUCCCGGGGGUUCCCACACCCAUCCUUCCCUUCCCCUGCCCCAUCGAGUGCCCAGGCCCCUUCGCUGAUAAACUAG